AUGCGCAGUACAUCAUUAAUUAGCUUCACCCGUGCGAUUUAUUACACUACAGAGCAAAACUCUGCCAAGGAGUCAACGACUGCUAGCGUUCAACGCGAACAGGGGCGUCGGCAAGCCUCGGUGCACGUGUACCGGGUCGUCCGGUGCUCCGGCACCAACGCUUGCCGACUCCCCGCCGAGGGGGAGCCGGUCUGUGACGUCACUCGCGUAAUCAUUUCAUUGAGCCGAGUAUGGGCGGACGGAGCCGACGGCACACGAUCCGCUCCGCCGCCACACUGA